UGUUCUACUCCCCUCUCGUUUACUUGUGCUUGACUUGCUUUCCCAUUGAUACCACAUCCGUUGCCACCUUACAGUCAUCAACAUAUCGUCAACACCCCUGUGCUUUGUACACCUGCAGCGGUGCUUUUACACUUGAUAUUGUCAAUAUUGGUAUUGUGAGCUGACGAUGGGACAAGUCCCAAUUCUGGGCAGGCCUUCCGUGGUGCCUGCCACUAUGAGGAUUCUCUCUCAUACGUCACGAGGCCUAUAUGUCACGAGGCGCUUCCCAUUAGACACAUUCGCCAUGGCGACCGCGACACCUCGGAGGCGGAUCCAAUCGUCUUCCAGACGACCAUCUCCUCCAUCAUCAUCAUCCUCGGAUGCAUCCACCUUAAACGCGUCCACAGUUGGCACCCUCUCCCAAACCCACACACCCGAGGACGCAGCCGGAUCUGCAGCAACCAUGGCGAAACACUCACCCCUCGCCGUCCUGCCCCUAUCGACAGUCCUCCGCACCCUAGCCACCAACACCAUCUCCUCCUCCCCCGUCCUCCUUCCCCCCUCUCUAUUCAUCAUGAGCAAGCUCGCGCACGCGACCAACCCCCUAAUGAAUCCAGACCGCAACCCCCUCCUCCGCUACUUCCUCAAGAAAACCUUCUACGCGCAAUUCUGUGCCGGCGAGAACGCAGCAGAGGUGCGCGCCACCGUCUCGGGAUUAAAACGCAUCGGCUUCACAGGCGUCAUCCUGGGCUACGCCCGCGAGGUCGUGCUCACGCAGGAGCAGACACUCGACCUAGGCGCCAGCAUCCACGACGAAGCCUGUCUCACCCACGAAAUCACACCCUGGAAGAACGGGACCCUGGAGACGGUCAAGAUCGCGCAGCCGGGCGACUUCGUGGCGCUCAAGUUUUCCGGUGCGGGGCGCCACGCGCUCCACGCGCUCAAAAACCGACUGCCGCCUAGCAAGGAGCUGCGCGCUGCCAUUGACGAGAUAUGCGAGUUGGCGCGGGAGCGCGACGUCCCGUUGCUGUUUGACGCGGAGCAGAUGGCGGUCCAGGCCGGUAUUGAUGAUUGGACGCUCGAGUACCAGCGCAGGUACAACACGAAGCCCGGGCAUGCAAUUAUCCACGGCACGUACCAGGCGUACUUAAAAUCUACUCCUGCGACCCUGGCGUCGCACCUCGUGAUCGCGGCCAAGGAAGGCUUCACGUUGGGAGUCAAGUUGGUCAGGGGCGCGUAUAUGGGGUCUGAUCCGAGGGAGAUUAUACAUGAUACCAAGGCGGAUACGGAUAGAUGCUACAACGGCAUUGCGGAGUCGCUGAUUAAGAGAGAGUGGGGGCCUAUUCUGGCGCAGCCGCAAACUGCCGAUUCCAAGUCUUCUCCGACUUCGACUUCGUUUCCGCAAGUAUCCCUCGUCCUCGGCUCCCACAACCUUGAAAGCGUCCGCAAGGCUCGCGCAAUCCGCGACGCUAUCCCGGCUACGGAAGGUUGCAGCGAGUUGGCCAUUGCGCAACUGCAGGGUAUGGCGGAUGACGUGAGCUGUGAAUUGAUUUGUGUCAAGAAGGCCGACUCGGUCGCCAAUGAGGCCGCCUCCAAGUCUGUGACUAUCAAGGAGAAAGAGAUGAUCAAGGGAGGCAAAGGCCAGACCAGGGCGUACAAGUACAUUGUCUGGGGAUCGACGGGCGAGUGCAUGGCAUAUUUGCUGCGCAGGGCUUACGAGAACCGCGAUGCGGUGCAGAGGACGCUCGAGGGGAGGAAUGCUAUGUGGGGGGAAGUGAAGAGGAGGGCUUGGGGGGUGUUUGGACGUGGCGCUUGAUCGGUAUGACUGUCGUACCGUGUAGUCCGGUCUGAUGUAUUUGUUGUCAGUCCGCUGGAGACUCUACUUUAACGGAGGAUGGUUUGAGCGUUGAUUUCAAAUGCCGUGGAGGUUGGAAGCUUCUGGAUAGAAGACUGUGAGCGUCGAACCUGGCAUGUGAGCAUGAUGAUGGGGAACGAGCGUUGGUUUAUCAACCGCUCUGGAGGUAUCGAGGGAAGUGCCCUAGACUGUUUGUUAGAGAGAAGUAGGUAUAAUUUUACGAGACUAUGAUUAUGCCCAAGAUUGAAACUACUUAACAGCCGCCUGCCCGGUUAUCGUGGUGAAGAGUGAUCGGUUCAGACCAUUUCCAUGCGUGUGCGUGAACGAUAUGCCCCCCACACUAAAACAGCAGUCUAGAACGUUGAAAGCCUUUUUC